AUGUUAUCAUAAAAAUAAAAUAGAAGAUUUGUGCCAAAUCAGCUCUCCGACAAUUAUUAAAUCAUUGAUAGGAGAAACGAAGUCGAAUCUCCCCUUUGUAAGCAUCAAACAAAAAGUAAAGAAGUUUUCAUUUCAAAUAGUAAAGUAGUCAUGUAAUUUUGAGAACUCCGACACAUUAUGUUCAAUAGAAAAUUUGAAGUUUAUUUAGAUUUGCAAUAAAUAAGGCAGAGUCUUCGAGGAAAAUCUCUUUUCUCCUUAAAGAACGUCCCUUUUAAAUACUAGAACUCCUUAUUAAAGAGUUUUAAGGAUGAAGCAAUUUUGCAACAAAUUGCAUAAAAGUAAAAGUUAACUAGAGAGUGCAAAUGUCAUUUAAGGCGUUUUCAAAAUUCGAAGAAGAAGUGAAUAUGAGAGAGCUAGUGAUAAAUUAGUAAAUUUUAUUAAAUAUGAAUUUUAGGUCAGACUCUCAACUCUGUAUCCAACUACAUUUGUUGCCUAACAUCUUCAAUAGAAAGCCUUAAGAAAGAAUGAAAUGAGAAAGAAAUCAAUCUUCAAAAGAAUGUCAAGCAUUUUGAUAAAACAUUCCAACAACAUUAAAACUCAAAGUAAUUUAGGAGCAUCAUAAUUACAAAAGUUAGACGAGUCUCCUUUAAAGCAGGAAGAGAGAUCUCCAACUAAUAUUAUAAGGUAAUUCGAGUUAUAAAUUGGUUAAAUGAGAGAGUCUCAAGAACUUGUAUACAACAUGUAGAAUUCAGAAAAAUAUAUUUAAUUUCAGGAAGAAUUAAAAAGAUAUUCUUAAUCUCUAAACAAUUCUCCAGUUGCAAAACGAACUUAAAAGAAGCAAUAAACUGAUACAAAUUAAGAUUAACCAAAAGUUGUCUUGAAUUUGAGCAAAAAUCAAAGAAAGACUUUUACAUCUAUCUAAAAUUAUGUUAAUGAACGUCAACAAAGUAUUCAGGCUAACAAAAUAUCAAAAAUGAUAGACUAAGUUUAAUUGUAAUAUCAGUAACUUUAAAGUCUCACAGAAACUGAUAGUUCAUCUCCAAUAAAAUUGAAAACUCCAUUUACUACUAGAAAUUUAAACCAUAUUAAAUCAUUGUCUAAUCUUCCAGAUAUAAAAGAGACGGCAACAUAAAGAUCUAUAACUAAUAGAAAUCAAAAAUUAGUGGAGAAAGUCAAAAAUGUUUAUAUUUUCAGUCCAUAAAAAAAAAAGGUUUAGUUUGAAAAAAUAAAAUUGUGA